AUGCAACGAAUUAUGUUCUUAGCGUCACUUGUUUUUUUCAUUAACAAUGGCCUAUGUCAAAAAGGUUUUCCUAAACAAUUUCAAACAAUAUUGAACAUUACUACGCUCAGUCCAUCUGUACCCGCGACUGAAGGUGUUCAAUAUUUAUUAUAUGAUUAUACAAAUUUAAGAGCUCGUAUUGAUGCAAAAGGAUGGAGAUCGAAACACAAUGAAACCUAUGUGAUACAAUAUAAACCUGAAGGUGCUGAAACAGAUUCGCCAGCUUCGCAAGAUUAUGCCAUAUUUAAUUUCAAUCCUGAUUAUCCUGAGUUCACCAAAAAUGAUUGCUGGUAUAGAACAAAUCCAAUGAUUGAUAUAGGUCCAUUUCCAGCGGCAUGGUAUAGUAAUAAUAAUAAUAAUGAAUUUCAUUUUGAAGUUAAAUCAUGGUUUCCAUUACCAUCAAACCUUAUCAAAACGGGUGAAGAAUGGAUACCAGAAGUUCAAAUGAAUACAAUUAGAUAUGAUUCGCCUGAAAUAUGUGAUCUAAAACGAUCUGGUCUUGGUAAGGUACCAUGUUUAAGUUAUUUUGAAGCACCAGAUAGACCUGUAAAAACUAUUCAAGCACGUGCUGCUGUCGGUUCUUUUGAUAGUGAUCAAUAUACAAGUACAUUUUAUUUAACAUUUAUAAAUGGUAUUCCAUCAGAAGCUGAACAUUUAUUUGAUUUACCUAAACAAUGGCCUUCCUAUUGUGGCAAUGCAAAUGCAGGUUCUACUAUAGAUCCUAUACAUGGAUUUGUAGUAACUCCAGAAGGCAAUGAUCAUUUUACAUUAAAAUUAAAUACACCACCAGUUCGUUCACUUGGUGAUCAAGUUAAAGUUGAUUUUAAAUUACAACCAUCAUGGUAUUACAAUGGUACACGAUGUGUUCAAUUCAAUACAAUCAUUUUCGAUCAAAAAAAUUGGCAAAUACCACAACAAGUUGAUAUGUCAUUUACUGAUUAUGGUUGUUGUAAUUAUGUAGUUACUGCAACUGGUGGUGGAUAUGAAUGGCAAUAUAAAUUAUCAUCGUUUGUUGUUUAUGCAUGUGAUGGAGAAGCUGAAUAUGGUUGUAAAGGCAAAGAACCAUGUGGUGCCUAA